AUGGAUAUACGGGUAGCGUUGUGCCGUGACGGCCUUUCGCUCGUAUUCCUUGAUCGCCGAUAUGGAAUCGUCGUUAUCCAGGAGGCCUCCCAUGAUCAUGCUGACUUGUCGGGGGAGGUCGUCGUGGUCGUCACGAUUCCUCUUCCCGGCGGGCUUCCGGCUUUUCUGCAUCCUUCCUUGGACGGGGUUGUCGUCCGCGCUUCUCCUGCUGCCCAGAUUUUGGUGGUCUCGGCGGGAAGCUUUUUCCUUGGGACCUAUCGCCGUCCAUUGGCGGGAUUUCUCCUCGAUGGUACAUGCGCAUAA